GGCGGCGGGGUGAGCCAAAAGCGUCGUGCGUGUUCUCAGUCGAGGCCUGCACAGAGGGCCAUGUUCGCGUAGUGUACAGCCGAGCAAGGAGUCAUUUGCGUUUAGCGUAGCCCAGCGCCGGCGAGUGCUGUCGUCCCGAGUCGUGCGCCCAUCUGUGCGCGGCGUCGUCGUCUGCUCGGCCAGAGUGUGCCCGUGAUUAGUAGUGUGUAGCAGCCCCCGCUCGGAAAGAAGCGCUUCUCGCCGCCCCCGUGUGACCAUGAUCAUGGAAAACGACAGUCAGCCGACCAACCCGGCCAGCCCCACGGAGGCGGCCCACGACCCCGGGAAGAUGUUCAUCGGGGGCCUGAGCUGGCAGACGGCGCCCGAAGGAUUACGGGAGUACUUCAGCAAGUUUGGUGACAUCACGGAAGUCAUGGUCAUGAAAGAUCCCUCGACGCGGCGCUCUCGGGGCUUCGGGUUCGUCACCUUCUCGGACCCGGCCAGUGUAGACAAGGUCCUAGCCAGCGGCCCCCACGAGUUGGACGGCAAAAAGAUUGAUCCAAAGAUUGCCUUCCCGAAGAGAGCACACCCAAAGGAAGGCCCUCCCGAAACACUGGCGUUAGCCCUUGACGGCAAUGUAAAUAGCUAUCUUGCGUACGCUUUCGAGGAGAUGGUGACCAGAACAAAGAAAGUGUUCGUCGGUGGCCUCUCUGCGCCCACAACGCUGGAGGACGUCAAGAAUUACUUCCAGCAGUUUGGAAGGAUAGAAGAUGCGAUGCUGAUGUUCGACAAGCAGACCAACAGGCACCGGGGGUUCGGGUUCGUGACAUUCGAGAACGAAGACGUUGUUGACAAAGUGUGCGAGAUCCACUUCCAUGAAAUAAACAACAAAAUGGUUGAAUGCAAGAAGGCGCAGCCCAAAGAAGUCAUGAUGCCCAACAAUGUGGCACGGGGAAGAGGUGCCGAACUGGUGUGGCCGUUGGGUGCUCUCACUGAUGCUGGCUUCCCAGCCUACGGCUACGGCCGUGGAGGCUACCCCGGCUACCCAGGAUUUGGCUACCCCUUCGCAGUGGAACUCAACGGGCAGCAGACGUCACCACCUCUACUAACACAAGCUCUUUCAGCGAACAGCCCGGGCCCCAUGGACAUGUACAGCUCGAGCCAGGACAGCGUCAGCUACGUGCAGGCCACGUCGCCGCAGCCCUCUGGAUUUCCCCCGCUCACCGUGAGCAUGGGCCCUCUGAUGGCGGCAGCGUUCACCAAUGGCUACCACUGAAAGAACUCUGCUCUUUGCUCUACUGUUCCUGGGCAAUGCAAGACAAAGUUGUUGGUCCUAGCCAAGGAACCUUCGAGUGAACUGCAGUCAGAAGAGAGAAAGCUUUCAGCUCCUUGGCUUCCUGUUCCUGUUUGCAAAGCCCCCGCUCACGUGUGUGCGGUCUGGAGAGAAGGCUGCCGACCUGCACACACACGCACCAUACGCUUGCACUGUUUCCUGGCUUCAUCAGUGGUGAUCCGCCUGCGGAUUCGCCUGCUCCUAUCAUAUGACAGGAGCCCUGCUUGUUUUGUUUGCUUCUUCCCUUGUUAAGGGAGAGAGAGGGUCUCAUUAUCGAAUGUUGCUAGACUGCUCUUUGUAUGACAACGAUUUCUCCCCCAUUUAUGCACACGAAAGGCUGUCCCGUAUUGCUGACUCUUCUUUGAUGCAUCACUUCUCAUACAAAGCAGGCCACACAGAAUGUCAUCUCUCCAUCAGUUCCUUUGAUCUUUUUGUCUUCCUGGCAAAGCACAUGAUGUCUUAAGUUUCUUUUUGCCUCAAACACUGCAAGAUCGAUUUCUCCUCUCAAGCAUUGCAAGAACACGGAGGCUGUUGAAUAGUGACCCAUACGAAUGAAGAAGGGUAAGACAGUGAAGCUAGGUUCCUAUUUUCAAAGUCAAUUUUUUUGUUCUAGUUAAAUGCAUUGCCCUUUUUUUUUUAUCAAGUGCACAUCACAAAGCACCUUUUAAACAUGGGUUACUGGAGGUGACCUUAAUAUGGUUUCUACCUUUUCCAGUGGGUUUAGUCGUCAUGACACUCAGCUUGCCCUUGCCCAUUGCUAAGUCUUCGUACAUACAAACAUGUACUUCAGAAUCCUGCUGUCACAAACACUGGUGGGAAAUAAUGAGCAAUAAGGCAUCUUGUUACCUCACAUUUUGUCUUGCCUGUCCUUUGAGUCAUGCCCAAUACCAUCGACGACCCUUCUGUUAAGCAUAAAGUACAUCGCAAAGUGGCAUCUGGCAGGAGCCAUCAUAACGAUGCAUAAUGAAACAAUCUAUUUGCAGUCAUGAAAGUAACAUAAGAAUAUUUUUUUCUGAAAUGGCUAUGCCAGACAAAUUUGUAUUAAUGAACUGUAGGCACAUUGUGAUCUAUCCCAGUGAUUGUGGUUGAGUUAGCCAAGACGAUUAAUGUGCUUGUUGGUCAUUUAAGAGGUGGCUUGUCCUCCAUGCAAAUAAAACAACAGUCUCACGCAGCCUGCUUUGGUGUUUAGUGUUUCACAUGGCCAAGUAUGAGUUGCCAACAGUCCUAUUCAGUGGAUUGUGCCACGAAAGCAGAUGGACAUGAGAGGCAAACAAAUUACAUAGUGUGUUGGUAAUGCUGUUGGCUAUUCACGUGUUUAUUUGAAUAUUCUCAGCGACCUUCGCUGCGUUUGUGGUGAUUGAUAGAGGCAUGCUCUAUUGCUCUCAAUGUGUGUAAUCUCUCUCUGCCCAACCUAUCUCACGCAGUGAUUACUCCCCAUUAGCCCCUACUUCACUCCACACAUAGUUCUGUCUUGACAUUUCUUCUGAACAAUAUGCCUACCUGUUUUUUAUGCCAUAAAAGAAUGCAAAAAAAUUCAAAACCAGAGCGCUGUGCACAACCAUUUCUUCGAAGCCCUUUCAUGUUCUUGCGAGUAUAUGUGUGUGCAUGAAUGUAUGUCCUAUACCAUUGUUGUGGGUCUUAAUUAACUGUGACGCUGCGCUGCUCCCGUGAAAGCAAAGCGCCACAUGCCAUUGCAGUGUUAUUUCUUUAUUUUAACUUAUUUCAAGUGUGUGCGAGCCACAUGCUUGUUACAAUAUGUGAAUGUCAUGAAUGAUCACGUAAAAAUGUACAUGCUUUUUUCACUUGUUUUAAAAUUUUAUUUCUUCUGCAGCACUAAAAAAUGUCAGCGAAAUGGCUGCACAGGCAUAAAAUGUACGCUAGAAUUACAGUCAGCACUGUCUCAUAGCUAGCCAUGCCAACUUUUAUUUUUGUCAUUAGUAUUUCUUUUUUGAUCCCUACUGUAAGCAUGCAAACGCAGCUGCAGUGGUGCCUUCUUUUUAUGCUUACCUAAGUUUUCUUUCCUGUGUAACACUGAACGGUUUGAUAUACUUGUGGCUGCAAUUUUUUAUAAAUUGUUAAAUGCUGAGGCUUUCACAUGAAGUCUAAUGCAGCAUAUUUCAUUUAUAGCAACAAAGCCUUGUGUAGUGCAGUAUUAUAAUUGCUGUCAUUAUGCAGAGGUUUUAUAACAUGAGUAGGUUGCGAUAGCUACAUUUAUUCUUAUUUCUUCUGGCUUUCAGUUCUUCAUGAUAUUAUGGUAGUUUUCUGAGCAGCAGCUUGGACCUAAUUAAAAGAAGCACCAAAAGAAGGUCCUCUUUCCAUAAUUUGACUUGCUAUAGAAUGAAUAACUCACAUCGCACUAUGCUGAAACAUCAGUAUGUUUACGAAGUUGUUUGGAUAACCAUGGCCCAUGUCAGAACACCCUCCUGUUUCACAGGGCUUGUGCAUAUUUGGUUGAAUUAUGAUAAGGACUUUUUUAUGCUAUCACUUUGCAUUAGCAAAUGUCAUUCGUGCAGCUACUAUAAUUAUCAGAGUGGAAUGCUAGGAGACCUAUCAUAGGCAAAGCCACUGGGUCUUUUUCGAAUGAUUCUUUAAGGUAAAGAGGAAACAAUGCACGUCUGAGACAGCUCAGUUUUAUAAAUAUCAGGGAACCAAGCAAGUACGACUUGAUAUAUUUUGCAGUUUGUAAAGCGUCGUUAUUAGACAGGUUUUCAUAUUUGUAUAUGUUUAGGUAGCACCAAGCUUCAAUGUCUUUUCUUAUUUAAUGCCUUUGCUUUUUUUUUCGGCUUCAUCAUUCAGCUGACCUGGCUAGUUAUAUACAUUUAAUACUUUGGUUUGGAAUAACUCAUGAAGUGCAUGUUACCACCUUAUACUGCUGUCUAUAUUAACUAUACUAAUUGAUUUAUUCCAACAGCAAGCAGCCAAAUACACACAAAGCUUCCGUGAAAACAUGCUUUCAAAAUAUUGUGAAUAUGGCUUGUUGCGAGUGAAAUGAAAGGAUUGUUACUGUCGACAACUAAACACUGCAUUAACUGGCACCUUGUACGCAAUGAAAAAAAAAAAAAAAAAGAAGAGCAAUACAAAACACUUGUCAUCAUGCACAUGUGACUCCUAUAACCUGACCUCUAUGUCCUUUAAAGGAACCUAUUGUUGAUGCUGAGAGGUUUUGUACUUUAUUUAUCUCAAGUAACCUUUUACUCUACAUGAAAAUGUUGUAUGUAUUUUCUUUGUGGGCCCAUUUGCAGUGACUUGCUUACUGUUUGUGACUUUUGUUCUCACUUUUACACUUGCAGUAGUGAUGCUUUAGAGGAACCUAAAGACAAGCCUGCCUAAGCACUUAGCCCCCAAAAUAUUCAACGAGUAGGAAUGGUUAGUAGAAUGCUUCACUCGUGUGAGUUUUGUGCCCCUUCCAGCAGUGCUAAUCAAAGUAUGACACUACAUGUAAUUUACCACAACUCUGUUGUUCACAAAAGCAUGAAUCUUGCAUCACGCAGCUGCUGUCAUCUUCUUUGGCUCCUGGCAGGCCCGACACGCUUGGGGUUCAUAUACACAUGUUAAACCUCAUGGAUAUUAUUUUUUAACAUGCACAUUAGUCAAGUUGUACAGAUGGUGCACUGUCAUCAUGUCUAUUAGCUUCAGUCUUUUUUUACUUGUUUUUGAUAUCUAUUGUGAAAAGGUUAGCCACUUCUAUGGCUGUUAAAAUGGCAUCAGAAUCUGCCGGGUCUCACGUUGUCAUCUUAAUCUUGUUAGUAAGCUAUGCUGUCACGUGAUAAGAUAUACAUAAAUAUCUGCCUUUAAGACGUAAAUGUGUAUUAGCACUUGUAGGACUAGCAUUGCUUAAUUACCACUAAGCAGCCUUGUUCCUGUAUCGAUGACUGCCUAAUAUCAGAGAUCCAUGAUAAUUAAUUAAAACUAUCAUGAAGUGGCAUAACAACGAAUGAUUAGCUAUGUGGGCAGAACUUACAAUUUGGAUUUUGAAUUGUCUUGAUUUCACUAAGGUGUGUGAUUGUCAAAAAAAAAACGCACCACUCUGUGUAACAUAAACUCACACAUGCUAAUGAGCAUUUUGCUUGAAGUCUCUUUGGUAUCCUGGACAAGCAGUUUCUGGCAAACUUUGAAUACAUGACGUAACCAAAAAUCAACUGCACACCUUGGUGUUCACAAGAACUGCUUCUUAAUGAAAGAAUAACAUGCUAUUGUUUGUUUGUUUUUCUUCUAAAGACGGUCCCAUUAUACAUCAGACUUCAACAGCAAUGCUUACCUGAAAUAUGGUAAAAAGUUACGUUUACUUGCAUAAUAUGCUGGACCAUGGCAAACAAGAAACUUUGGCAAUAUGAAAGGCUUCAUUUGGCACUUGUGAAGCAGUUCUUGGCAUUAAAUAUUUUGUCAACAGCUCAUGGCAUUUCAUUUUCUUUAUUUUGCGCUGUAGCAUUCAAUCAGUGGAUUAUUCCUAGUAACACACAAACAUGUACUGUAGUAAGCAGCACACAUAUACGCUAUGAAAAAAUACACGUCUUCCAAUACGUAGAAGAUAUAUAGGUUUAUGAAUGCGAGUAAAUAAUCAAGCUGGCAUCAACAUUGCGUUUAUUCAUUUUAUCGUUCGACAGAGCAAUAUACCUCCUAGACUUUUGCCACAGCAGGGGAGAAACCACUGAAAGCUGAGCCUUCUAUGCUAGUCAUUAACACUGUGUAACAAUAUUUUAUAAUCAACAGCCAUCUUGCUGUUCAUUUCUUUUCAUUUGAGUUGUUAGCAUUAUUUGUGAAAGAAAUGCAUUUCAUAGCAUUGUUCUUGUGCAAGCCAUGUAUUACUUUCGUUAUGUUUUCUCUCGUAAAUUAUGCCCCCAUGCAAGUUUAUAUGCACAACGCACAAAUUACUUUGAGUAUUCAGUGUUCACCUAUGCUCUAUCUCUUAUUUUGUUGUGUUCAGUAAAUUUCAGGCUUGUUAUCAGCUAUGAUGCUGUCGUGAGCUAUAAUCACAGAGCUUGAUUUAUGUUCUAAUAGUCCUUUAAGAUAUAAUCUGCUCACUACUUAUCAUAUAUAAAAAAUGUUGGUUUUAUGCAUUGUUUUUGGCGCUUCAUUUUUGAAAGUAGGGAAAAUAUAAGAAAUCUCAUAAAACAGCAAAAUAGAUGCCAUUGAGCAUGCAUCAUGAUUUUUGUGUUGACAUUCUCCUCACACAAUUGAGAAAAUUUUAAUUUAUUAUGAUUAAUAAAUUCAUUCUAACGUCAGUUAAUUCUAGCGUCAUUAAAAUAUAGUUCAUGUGACAGAGAAUAUGUACAAGGAAACGGCCUGUUUACAUAUAAUUUAGCAGAAAAAUUAAAUAUCCAGCUAUUUCUGUGGCUAAAAUGAAACAAGUACCAUGUAAACCACACGGCAGCAAUGGGAGUAUCUCUUGCUGACUUUUGGCAAAUCAUAAUUCUCGUCGUCGCCGCGAUAUUCAGCGAGUUUUACCAAUUCAUUUUGGAAGUAUGUGGCUUUCAUUGACUGUGCACAUAGCAGCCCUCAAGCUUUAUUGUUCUCAUUUUGUUUCCGUGCCUGUCAGCAUUUAUUUGGUAGUAACUCUUGUUUCCAUGCUUUCGUUCUAAACAAUCAGUUUUUCAUUUAGUCAGCUGUGGCUUCCUUAAUUUCCUCGUCAGUUACCAUGCAACUCAUACUGCUUUGAUAUGGAAGCACAUAACUAAUUGUUGCAACUGAGCAUAAAAAUUCUCAGUUGCAGCAAAACCACAUUUGUGAAAAGUUAUUGAUGCUGGUUGGUGCAUCCAUGAGGCAAAAAGUGCCCUCAUGUUGCAGAGGACAAGUAAUAAAAGACAGUUCUUACUCCUUAACCACAGUGGCUUUAAUGAGUUCAAGAGAAAUGAGAAAGGCUGCAGUUGCUCCAAGUGACCUCUGCCUUUAAGUAUGCGCACUCUAUGCAGACAAUAUUAGCUUAGCAGGUUCCAUGUACUUUAUCGUUUCUGGCUCUCUUCAUUGCAUUUGAUGUAGGCUGCUGAUGGUAAUGUAUAUAUAUAUAUAUAUAUAUUAGUCAGCAUAAAGCCACACUUUUCUCGCUACCUUGAGCAUUUUAACAAAUACCCUUUGGUGUCAGUCUUAGAACUUGCAAACACUUUCCUUUGAUCUGUACAUUAGCUUCCCCGCAUGUAGGCAGACAAAAUAACUAGAGGUGAUGCAGAUGCAUUACUGUGUCCUUUGCCUAAAUCGGUUCAAUGAAUAUUUUCAUCACCAUGCUUGGUGUAGAGAAACUCUUGAUUGAUAAAUGGCUCAGUUAUAUUGAGUAGCAGUUCAACGUAUGUACAAUAUCCUUAAGCAUUCAAAGUUUUCAACAAUAUCGCGCAAGCCUGGCGCGGGAAGAAAUAAACAAACAUGAAAAGAAAAAAAAAGAGAACAUGCACACAACGAUAUUUUUGUAUCGCUGACUUCUGGGGUGCCUCGUUGGGACAAAGGCAUGCAAACCCUCAAGGCUGCCCACACCUCAGUUGAAUCGCCGAAUGACGCGUUUGUAGGUGUUUUCGCCAUGCGUCGCGCCUCUCCUUUGGUCUUCCCUAAUGAACACAGUUGGCAUGCUGUUAAAAAGCACUGAACAUAAAACUCGAUUUCACUUUGCAGUUCGCCAUUUUUGUGUCUGCAAUAUUUUUCUCACUUAAAGACCAACUGCAUUUUGUUAUUUUACUUUAAUUUUUCCUUUCUUUAUGUGUCAUGUGUGAAGCAUAACAGGAUCAAUUCCAACACGGCAAUUGGUGCUUCAGCAAUGCUAGAGCAGAUGCAUUUUUACUGCUCCCCCAUUCACAGCUGUUACAGCUUGCAAGGCAAACGCUUGUGCACAAGUUGUGUAUUCCUGGAAAAUCCAACACUAAAGAGUGGUGUGUGAUAGGCUACUUCACUUCAACAUGCUGUUCCUUUGUGUUUUUUCACAUGCAUCUUGGCCUUCAACUCAUGUUAGAAGGUCACAAAAUGUGUGUUAUUUACUGCUAUUGAUAGAUGUGCAGUCAGCUAUUAACGUUCACCAGUGCAAAUUUUUUCUAACGUGCAGUUAUUUUGUGUGUCUAUCCAAUGCACAACCAUCGUAGUGUCAGUGCUGGCUCGAAAACUUCACUAGGGCAAUAUGACGCAUAUAUAUUUAUAAGAUGGCGUCUCUGGAAGAGUAAUAAUAUUUCUCACAGUACAUGAAAAAUGAAACAUAGCACACAAGGCUGCCACAACUUAAGCGCUUAUAAAUUUAGAUUUUGAAUUGUAUAAGUCUUUCUAGAAUAUGUUUGUAUAAUGAAGAUUGCCCUAUAUGCAGACAGAGUUAUUUAUGAGAUAUUGAUUUAUGAGAUAUUGAGAUUUAUGAGAUAUCAGGCUCAUUAUAGUCUGAUACACAUGAAUAAAGUUUUGAUUCAAAAAAAGGCUGCAGAGCAGUUCUUUGGGCUAGGUUCAUCAAUGCUAGGUUCAUCAAUACAGAAAACAAAAAUACAGCCUUCAUUACCACAGGCUGUGUCACCUGCCAAGUGUGUCACUGUUUUUCAUGCUCGGUACAUCUAGUCAUUUGAUUCUUGCUUUGACGUAUGAAAAAGUGAAGCCAAAUAUCUUACAAAUGGUAAUUCAAAAUUUGCAUGUAUUAGCCGUUCUAGAGACAUUUUUCAUUCUUCUUCAUUUUAUAUACUUCUUGUAGGUUUGCGCAUAACACUUUAAAUAAAUGCUUAAUCACAACUGAAAUCUUUUCAACCUAACAGUGACUAUCGAACUGAGCAAUACACAACAGAACAAUGUCGAUAAAAAAAAGUCGAAUGUGCUCUUCUCUAUUUAUUCACCUGCAAGGACACAAUCUAAAAAAAUGUUUUGAUGUUAUGGUGUGUACGCAUAUAAUAUACCAAUGACUAAAUAUGGUGAAAAAAGCAGCCUAUUUACCAAAGCACACACAUGUUAUAAUGAAAUGUAUGUGAUGUAUAGGCCACCUUGUUCUCUUUUGUACAAUGAUGGAUUGUUAUUGUUUUAUUUUUUUUUUUUUGUUGGUUCAAUAUGUAUGAAGCCAACACUAUUUCUAUCCUUGUGCACGUCAUUGUGCGAUUCCUAUGUAUGUGUGAAACACACGACAUGCACAACACGCCUCUCAGUGCACCACAACAUGCUUCAUACACACAAGAAAAUCUAAUAAAAAGUCAAAUGAGAUGAGACAGACAAAGAUAUAUUUGAAUGCUGUUGGCAUACUUUUUUUCUUGCACGUCUGUCUGUACAUAAAGCUGUGUAUGUAUGUAAAACAAUCCGUGUUCCACAUCUGGAGAAAUUCCAUAAAUAUCUGCCUUAUAUUGUGCUAUAUAUUCAACAAGUGAGAAAUACAGACACAAGACAUACAGCAAAGAAACACAACACUGACAAAACUUUACCGCACAACACAGACCAUUAGCCCCCUGUGGCAAGGCUCUGUGGUGUGGGGCCACUGAAAGCAAUAUGAUGUUACUGAACAUUACUCCAUGUACAUAUAUUUAUAUAUAUAUAUUACAAUUACCAACAACUCUCUCUCUAUAUAUAUAAAUAUAUAUAUUAGAACUGGUGACUGUCAUGUGCCAUGUAUGUGUGUGUUUUAAUAAUAUUGAUUAUGAUCACUGUUGUGUGAGUCCUGUCAAGGGGAAAGUGUAGCCUAAUAAGAGACCUCUUAUUUCUGGCCUCCUUCCUCGUGUAAGGCAAGUAGAACAUGCAGACACUCUCACACUUGCUUGCACACAAAAGAUACACACACUGUAAAUGCUGCCACCACUCUUCGGCUAUACCCUCUCCACGAUGGAGAAAGAAAGCAAGACUAACAUGUAAAGAAUUUUCUUGUUCCUUUUUCCACCCAGUAAAGCUUAAGGGCGGCAUUCAAACUAUGGCAAUAUACAUAUUAUAUACAUACUUAUACAUACUAUACAUACAUACUAUAAUAUAUAUACAAAUUAUAUAUUGGAAAAAAAAAUGACACUCAUAUAUGCCUGCUCUUGAAUAUGCACUGUAACCACGUGAAAGUCUCUCUCUCUCUCUCUCUACUUGUAUUUGCAAGCACAGUGUAUGAGGGAGAAAAGCAAGUCUUAUAGCUCUCAAUUUCCCCUUUUUUUUUUUCAUGCCUGCUUACUGCACACACAGAGAUGAUCAUCAAUGAAGCAACAGCUCUCACCAACCCUCAAACUAAAUUCAACCACAAUUUUUCUGGCUUUCCAACACAUUCGCUUGUUUCCACUAUUUCAACUAUGAAAGCAGCACUUUAUCUAAAAUAUAACCCCUUUUAUAAGGUUUCAUUUUAACUACAGAUUAGCAUCUUUUUUUUCUUCGAAGAGGUGCACACAAUAUUAUAAAAAGUUCACAACAACAUGUGUUAAUGUGACUGACCUUAAUUUUCUGUUUUGAGUGCUCUUCUAUUUGUUGUAUUUGUGCAAAAUUUGUCACAUCACAAGGUGUCAUGUGAAAAAGGGCACCAGGCAAAAUACGCGAUUGCUCUCUUUCAUUGUCCCCUGUCUCAAUAGCCAGGUGCUUCCAACUAGUGCAAUAAGAAGUGUUUCUACAGAGCCUCCUUGCCAUAAUUCAAACACACUGCUUGUGUGUGUGCAGAACAAUCUACCCUUCAAUUGUGGAAAUUUUGCUUUACACUGUUGGCCAAUUCAGACAGGUUAGAAAACUGAGGCCUAUGGUGCUGUCUUACUUUCAUUCAAGAUGAAAUGGCUUAGUUCCCGACCCUUUCUCGGAAGAUUUUCCAGCAACUAUAGCUCCAUACACAUACAUAUCUUGUUUCUUUCUCAGAUGAGUAAUUUCAUUUAGGUGAAUGUGUUGAAAAUAUAAUAUUAUUUUUAAUAUCCAAUACUGUGAGCUUUUCUUUUUGUAAGGAACUUUGUCUAUUCACCUACACUUUCAUUUGUCACCUCAAGGUGUGGCACUAUUUUCCUUUUGCAAAGGCCUCUCUACAUUACUUUGAUCUCACCAAAGGGGUCUUUUGGUGACACUUUCUACCAAACAACGAGCUUCAUUUUCAACUUCUCUGAAAAAUGGAGGCCACAGUCCACAAUGUCACUUGUGUGGGCGUGUUUCAGAGGCAUGCAGGUAGUGCCACAGCCAUGUGAGCGUUUACACAUACUGGUUAAGUAUAUUACACUACACACUGAGGUGGUUUGCAGCUUUCAAAGAAAGUAGUGCAAACAAAGCGUCUUAUAGUUAACGUUUGAGUUAGUGUUGUUCUUUACAGCCAAUUGAAAAACCUUUGCUAUUUCUGUGCUUUAUCAGUGCAAUCGAUGGUUCCUGGCAUCUUAAAAUUGAACAGAAUGCUCACUUGCGGUUCUGUUUAAGUAGUGGCUAGUCUGCCAGUGAGCUAUUUCACCACCUCACCAUUUAAUCAGAGAAGCUAUAGUAGUGCUGAUUGGCAACGGGUGGCAGUAAUUGCUGUUCUAAGUCUGUCUUAAAUGAUAAUUCAUAGCAAGCAAGCCUAAGAAGGAGCGCAAGUUUAAAAAUAUCCAUGUUCAGUGACUUGUUUCCCCUUUCCAACUUUUGCUCUCUCCAUGCAUAGAAUUUCGAGUCCUGUGCUUCAGAAAAUGAAUGAAAAUUCUACUCGACAUUUUGUUCAUAUUUGUUGCCCAGGCUAAGUGGCAAAUGAAAUUUUUUAAGUCAGUCAUUACAGACCAAAGAGGCUGUUGCAGAGUGUGCACACUGAUCGCAUUUUAUUUUAACAGGCAUAGUUCUGUUGAGCCUACGCUACAGCAGACAAGAAGUUUUGCCACACUUGUGUGGACAAAAAGGUAUGUUGAAACAGAAAAUGCAAUGUAUUGCUGUGUUUUGCUUCUGUACGUGAUGCACAUAGAUGAAAAUCCAGGGACAAUAAAGAAUACUAUAACAGGAAGUGCAGACUUAUUUCCAAAGGCACCGCAUCAGUGUGCAAAAUGUCUGCCUAUAUAAUGGUCCAAUUUUUCUUACACUCUUUCAUUUAUUAUUUUACAUUCAGUAAAUGACGGAGGUUGACAGAAAUACUACGGGAAAAUGGCUUGAAAAACACCCUACUUCCUUGCUUGAUGCAGUAAUUUUUCAAGAAACACAAAACAAAGAAAAAUGAGAUAUCAAUCCAGUGUGAGGAAACAAAAGAGAGAGGGAUGAGAGUUUUGAGACAUAAUAUAUAUAUAUAUAUAUAUAUAAAAUAUACAUAUAUUUUACAAGGUGUGAACGGCCCACAUGCUUUUUUGGAAAAGAAAGAAAUGACACCAAAAAUUGUUUGUUAUACUGCUAAUGUUCUUGAUGUGCAAGCGUCUUGGCAAAAACUUUGUUGUGUGUGUGUAUGUAUGUAUGUAUGUAUGUGUGUGCAUCUGAGUGACAGGCAGGACAUUUACAAAAGUCAGCCUCUACAUGUUACAAAAAUUGUGUGCCCAUUCUUUUCUUUUAAUGUCUCAUCUAUUCUACACUUUUUGUUUGUCAUGCGCUCCUCUUCGUGUCAACCUUGGUGAAAUUAGUUUGUUUUGUCAAAAAUAAAACCAACUUUUUGGUUCUGA